AUGCUUUUGAAGUCUUUUAUUGUCGGAUCGAGCUUCGUCGCUCUUGUAUCCGCUGGAUGCAAUGCUGACAACUGCUUGCGAGCCAUCCGUGCGACUUCGCGGCUUGCCUCUGCAAGUGUGGAUUGUGCUUCUUUCUUUGCUAUCCCUACUGUAACCUACACGGAUACACUGAGUUUCUCUGAAACUUCUUUCUCCACGACCUUCAUCACCAAAACGACUACUAUCGAGCUUACAGCCACAACAUCAGUGGAUACAGCCACUACAACUACUCUCAACAUAGCCCCUACCACAACUCUUACAGUCCAAGCACCUCUGAGAAAGCGAGACGAAGUCCAAACUAUACCCGCGUAUGCUUCACCAUGUUCUGGCGCUGUUAGGUUUUCUAGUGCUUGCCAAUGCAUUGGAAUUGUAUCACCCACAGUGACCCCAUCAACGACAAUCACAAUCUCGACUACGUUAUCGUUCUCCACUAUUCAAACUAGCAUCGAGACUUCGACCAUCUACACUACAGUUUCUACCAAAACCCAAACAAAUGUAAACGUUGUUACAAAUACUGUUGGCGGUGUGGCAAUACAGACUAUUAAACCAUUCCAGAUUGAAGUCAAGUUUCCUGACAAUUCAGUCAAGUACCUCAAGCCUUUCGUGCGAUUUCCUUCUAGUAAUCCCGUUAUAUAUACUGGAUUCGCAGAUACUAAAGCUGAAACGCCGCUUUGGUACCUUGAUGGCACUACAAUCAGGAGCGUUGCUGGAGAUGUCUUAGAUUGUCAAGUUGGCAUCACGUGGGGUUGGGUAUAUGCUCGUAAUUAUGACGGCGGCAUAUGUGUUUGUUCAAUUGACGCCGCGCGCCAAAUACAAUGUACAGGGUCAGGAAACAGCCUUUUUGUGGCGUGGGACUUGCGAUUGUCAAUUGCUGCUAAUGCAGGUUCAGUCUGGGGAUCUUAUCAGUUUGUCACUCUCAAAGCAGUUGUGUAA